AUGUACAGAAAAUAUUCUUCUUCCCCUCCAAGCUCGUUCGCCCAUUUAGCUCUUUCCCCGCCAGAAACAUUCCCGAUCCCAAAGUUUGCAUCAACGUUCCGCUCAUCUUACAAGCAAGAUUCUCCAGAUACCUCUGUAUCGGGACUGACCGAAAACAACAACUGCAGUGUCUCUCCGAUACCUCUGUCCAACUUUUUCUCGCGACAGCUCCUCUUUUCAGCACUUGAACUUGGCGAUUACAACCUUCAACAACCGCGCUCUAUCUGUUCGUCUGAUGACCUCGGCGACACGCAAUUAAAACGAUGCUUCGAGAUACUUCACGCGUGCCACAUGGCUUCCGACGAGGAUGUGACGUUUGUGGAAACCAGACUUACCAUGGAAGAGUUUCUGAAGGCUGUAUUCAAAGAUUGGUCGGCGAAUGACGAGGAAGAGAUGACAAAGCCAAAGAUGGAUUUUGCUAGAGGGUACCUGAAAGUUGGUUACAUCUGCAGCCAACCAAGCGAUCAUCGAACAUUCUCCGCCUGUACCGAGUCUUCGAACUGCGAAACCCCCGUCUUCGGCAUCGCCACCUACAAGACCCAACCAGCACAACUCAGCAUCAGUUUCACAACAGAAGAACCGUUUCCUCGUCCAAAGGAACCUCUGCAAGGCCUGUUCUGCCCUAUACAACGACAUGAUGUUCGCCAUAAAAACGGAAACGACUGGGUGGUCGAGCUGAGGGAUAACAUGAAGAGCAUUUGCGAGAAAAGGGUGGCCAGGUACAACAAGCGUCUUGCCGUCUGGCAUGCAAGAGUCUUGAUUAGGGAGUGGGCGAAGGGGAGUAUCUGCAUGGGCAGGGACGUUGAAGUCCUUUCUUUCGUUCUGAAGGAGGCUGUUGAUGCCAACUUUGCUAUGAUGGGUCAGCUUUGA